UAUAUUUUAAAAUUUGAAAUUGAAAUUAAAUUUCAGUGUUUUAAUUUCAUUUAUAGUGAUAUUUAAUACAUUGUUGGUGGUUUUAACAUGACGGACGUCGAAGAAAUUAUUGAUUACAUAAAAUCUCUAAAGAAAGGAUUCGACAAGCAGUUGUUUGAAAGUAAAAUAGAAGAAUUAGCUUCACUCGCUGAUACUUCUGGUUUAGAUUACGAUGAUUUCCACACUUUGUUUAAAGUCUGGUUGAAUUUAAGUAUACCCAUUACAAAAUGGGUGAACCUUGGCUCUUGUAUUGUGCCUCAAGACAAAGUAGCUCAAAAUACCGUGGAGUAUUGCUUAAAAUGGCUUUUAGCAAAUAAUAAAAACCAGAAUAAUUUCCCUAGAAUUAGACAUGUAUUGGAUUGGCUCACAGCGGCAAUGGAUGCCGACUCUAUAGACAUGACUGCAUUGGACAUGGGCUAUGAAUUGUUUUACACAUUUUUGACGUAUGAAGUGCUUACUGUACAUGCAUUGAAACUCGUUUAUAUGUUGACAAAACCAUCAGAUGUUACAAGGAAUAGAGUUCUAGAAUUGAUGGAGCAUGCUAAAAAGAGGGAAAGCAAAAAGAAUUUAUUCAGACAGUUGCAAGUACUGAUCGGUUUGUUCAAAUCCUACAAACCAGAAUGUUGCCCAGAAGAUAUUCCUUCUAUAUCUAUACACACUGCAUUUAGAAAAAUAAAUGCUAAUUUAUUGACGAGAUUCCAAAAUUGUCGGAAUAGGAGAAAUAGUAAAAGUGAAGAAAAACAAAGACUUAUUUGGGUUAAUGCCAUGAAAAUGGAAAACAGCAGAAAUAAGAAAGCAGAGCCACUUGUGCCUAAUAUGGAAUUCCUUCAUGUGGGCUCAAUGCAAUACAACAAUAAAGCACCUCAGAAGAACUAUUUGGACUUUUCUGAGCCAGUAUCACUACUGCAAUAUAGUUUGAACCACAACAUGCCUCGGCCGACGCGUCUCCGCGCGUUCCUGUGUAACACUACUGGCCUCACACUGCUUGCGCUGGCCGAUCAAACCGAUCAUGCGUUUUUCACACAUGAUCUGCACCAUUUGCUUAUUAAUUGUUUCCUAGACAUAUCGCCCCACACUUAUACUGAGAAACAGGAUUUACUCCGCCAGUUGGCCGUCUUCCAAUCAACCCUGAUGCAAGGGCUACCAGUUAUCACAAGAUUCUUAGCGCAGUUCUUGCCUUUCUGGAAUGAAGAGGACUAUUUUGUGGAGAUACUGGAUCUAAUGGAAUGGGUCGAUGUGGAGAGUCCGGAGCACAUUGGUAACAUAUUGGACACAUUCACAAAGAUAUAUUGCAGAGCGCACCCGAUUCGACAGUGUGCAAUACUCAAGAGUAUCACAUCUAUGUAUACUAAUUUGGUAUAUGCCAGUACGAGGUCUCGACAGUACUUUUUAAGUAUAGAGUCAUCGGAUGCUAGCUUUUCAACUACUUUACAGAUGGUUGCGUCUAAACUCAAUGAUAUGUGCAGCAAAGCACUGCAGGCUAAUCCUGAGGACGCGCGCGUAUUAUUCUCAUCCGUGCGUUCGUUACGUCAGAGCGCCCGCAGCGAGGCGAUAGCGUACGCGGAUGAAGGGGGUCAAAGGGGUCGAAAGAACCAACAAGGGGUCAUGGGGGUUGGGAGUCGAGAGGGGGUUGGUGGGUGUCGACCCCCCGUGCUGUUGCCGCUCGCGCUGCCGCUGCUGGCGCCCUCUGCUGUGAUGCAGGACAACCUCGCUGAAUUGAUUUUGUUGUACAAACAAAUCUUCUCCACCAUGAAAGCGAGGUACGGCAAAGACGAGCGUUACCAACAACCGAUGCGUAUGCUCAAAGCGUACACGUCAGAUUUCGUCAGCUGCUACUAUGAACAGUUUCUAGCGAAUCGUGAAAAAGGCCUGAUUUUCAGCAACUUGCAUCCGCAAAUCGUCAACAAGUUGGCCAAUUUGUUGCCGGAUGUUGACGCGAAAUUGAGUAUACGCAAUCAUUUGGCGUUCUCUCCAUACACGUAUAUGAAAUUGCAAGCGAUUAAUCAGUUGGAUGCAGAGAACAAGUUGCUUUUUGAUACGGUUAUAGAUAAUGAGUUUGUCAACUUGAGCGAGUUUGUCAAAAUGGCGAUGCCGGAGUUGUGUUGAUUUGUAAUUAAGUUUACUGUGGCUUUAUUUCACGUAUUUGUAAGUUUUCGUUGAAACGCAAAUUGUCAUCGGGUUUACAUCUCAUUUGAAACGGACCGAUCUAAAAUUCUUUUCAAAUAUUUUUAAUUUAUUGACAGUCUUACAUUAUUAUUCCUGAGUUUGAAAGCUAUGUUUUUUUGUCUAUAUACCGGGUUGAUAUUGACAGAACCGGGAUAUAUGACUAGUUUAUUUAUAUAUGGGGUAAAUUAUACCUUUUUUUUGAGUGGGGAAAUAAGUAAAUUAUACCUACAAUCAAAACACCGUUUUUAAGAGAUAAUGAUAUUUAAGGUAAUGUGGAGGAGAAACAAUGCCGCCUUAAUUUUUAUUUUCUUUUAGAUUAAGUUAUAAUAACGCUAAAAUAAGAUUUAUACAUACUGCCAUUUCACAAUAAACACUGGAAUGUGAUCAAAACGAAGUUAUUUUUCCAACAAAGUUAAAUUUUAAGCAAAUGUUCAUUUUAAGUGAUAGCGAUUUAUUAGUAUAAAAAGGUUUUUUAAAAAUAAAUUUAAUUGCGAUUUAUAAAAAAGAAGUUAUUCUUGGAAUGUUUUUCACACGCCUGUCAAUGACCGCGCUCGAUGUAAGUUUCAAAUUUUAAUAAUCUAUACUAAUAUUAUAAAGCUGAAGAUUUUGUUUGUCUAAUCUCGGGAACUACUGGUCCGAUUUGAAAAUUUCGGUGUUAGAUAGCCCAUAUUUUAUCGAGGAAUCGUAUAUCAUCACGCUAAGACAAACAGGAGCGAAGCACUGCGGGUAAAACCGCGGGAAACAGCUAGUAUACUUAUCACAUGUAAAAUAAAUACAAGAAAAUAUUUGUAACCUUAAAUCAAAAUUGAGGAAUAGGGUUUUACCCUUUUCGUAAAAAUAUAUGAUUAAUGUCCAAUUUCGUAAUUCUACAAAUUUGUAUGCGAACACUGGAUAACCCUUUUGACCGUUACUGAAUAUCAAGCGAACGUUUCAAUAUUUGCUUAAUGUUAUAACAGUGGUAUUGUAUAUAAUAUAAUGUAUACUUUGUCAUAUAA